GCCAGUCGCGCGCCAGCCGCUGCCAGGGGAGGAUCCGUGUUUCCAUCGAGGAUCGAGGUGGAUGUCGGGCCAGGGUGCCACGUGGACCCUGAGAAGGGUUGCACCUGUGCGGGGACGCGUGUAACCGAGUGUGUGCCGGAAGAACGGGUUCAGGACUGGGAUUUCGAGAUGAGCUAUGAAGGGAGGCCUGGGCUGCCUGAUAGCCUCCGUGUUUGUCCUCCAAUUGGUCCAGCUGACACUGACCGUAGAUGCCCUUCCUCCAGUCGUCAAGAUCGGUGCCAUAUUCACUCAUGACCAAAAGGAUAGCAGCACGGAGCUGGCCUUCAAGUACGCUGUAUACAAGAUCAACAAGGAAAAGGUGAUCUUGCCGAAGACCAACCUGGUCUACGACAUCCAAUACGUGCCCAAAGAUGAUUCCUUCCACGCGUCCAAGAAGGCCUGCCAGCAGGUCAAGUUCGGCGUGCAGGCCGUCUUCGGGCCCUCGGAUCCUAUCCUGGGACAGCACAUUCACAGCAUCUGCGACGCACUGGACAUUCCGCAUCUGGAAGCCAGGCUGGACCUGGAUGCCGAGGCCAAGGAGUUCAGCAUCAACCUUCAUCCCGCACAAACUCUGCUCAAUAACGCCUACCGCGACGUAAUGGCGUUCCUCAACUGGACCAAAGUCGCCGUUAUCUACGAGGACGAUUACGGUCUGGUGAAGCUCCGCGAGCUGGCCAAGUUCCCGAAGCCCAGGGAGGUGGAAGUCUACCUCCGACAGGCGGAUCCCGAGUCUUACCGACAGGUCCUCUCCGAGAUGAAGUCCAAGGAGAUCCGGAACCUCGUGAUCGACACGAAACCCGAGAAUAUGCACCAUUUUCUACGCAUGAUCCUGCAGCUGCAAAUGAACGACUACAAAUACCACUACCUCUUCACGACUUUCGACAUCGAGACCUUCGACCUCGAGGACUUCAAGUACAAUUUCGUCAACAUAACCGCCUUCCGACUGGUCGACGCCGACGACCUCUCCGUGAGGAACAUCCUGAGGGACAUGGAGCGCUUUCAGCCGGCGGGAAACACUAUCCUGAACAAGUCCCGAGUCAUCCAGGCGGAGCCUGCCCUGAUGUACGACAGCGUGCAAGUCUUCGCAGUCGGCCUGAGGACGUUGGAGCAGUCGCACGCACUCAGACCUGCCAACCUCUCCUGCGAGCUGGAGCACCCCUGGGACGGCGGACUCUCUCUCAUCAAUUACAUCAACUCGGUGGAAAUGAAGGGCAUUUCCGGGCCGAUUGAAUUCAAGGAGGGGAGGAGGAUACAGUUCAAGCUGGACCUGCUCAAACUCAAGCAAUACUCGCUCGUUAAGGUCGGCGAAUGGAGACCCGGCGCAGGGAUAAACGUCACCGACAUGUCGGCUUUCUUCGAGCCUGGCGCCGCCAACGUUACUCUGAUCGUCAUUACGAUUCUGGAACAGCCGUAUGUAAUGCUGCGGGGCCAGGGCAACUACACGGGGAAUGCACGGUACGAGGGGUUCUGCAUCGAUCUCCUCAAGGAGAUUGCCCGGAUGGUCGGAUUCGUUUACCGAAUCGAACUGGUCCCGGACGGCAAGUACGGGGUUUACGAUUACGAGACCGGCGAGUGGAAUGGAAUCGUAAGGCAGCUCAUGGACAAGAAGGCAGACUUGGCAGUGGGCUCGAUGACGAUAAACUACGCCCGGGAGAGCGUCAUCGACUUCACGAAGCCGUUCAUGAACCUCGGGAUCUCCAUACUUUUCAAGGUACCGACUAGCCAUCCGGCGAGGCUCUUCUCCUUCAUGAAUCCUCUGGCCAUCGAGAUCUGGCUCUACGUUUUGGCCGCCUACAUCCUGGUGUCGGUGACGAUGUUCGUCGUCGCCAGGUUCAGCCCCUACGAGUGGAACGAUCCGCAUCCCUGUCACUCGGGGCCGGACAUCGUGGAGAAUCAGUUUUCCCUGGCCAACAGCUUCUGGUUCACCAUUGGCACCCUGAUGCAGCAGGGCAGCGACUUGAACCCAAAGGCUACGAGUACGAGAAUCGUGGGUGGGAUCUGGUGGUUCUUCACCCUGAUCAUCAUCUCGUCUUACACGGCCAACCUUGCCGCAUUUUUAACGGUGGAAAGAAUGAUCACGCCAAUCGAGAACGCCGAAGACUUGGCCGGACAGACGGACAUCUCCUAUGGGACUUUGGAAAGUGGCAGCACGAUGACCUUCUUCAGGGAUUCCAUGAUCGAGACGUACAAGAAAAUGUGGCGGUUCAUGGAGAACAAGAAACCGUCCGUCUUUGUGCCGACUUACGAGGAAGGCAUUCAGCGAGUUCUUCAGGGUGACUACGCUUUCCUCAUGGAGUCCACCAUGCUGGAUUACAUCGUCCAGAGGGACUGCAACCUCACCCAGAUCGGCGGUCUCCUCGAUAGCAAAGGCUACGGGAUCGCGACCCCCAUGGGAUCACCCUGGAGGGAUAAAAUCUCUCUGGCGAUUUUGGAGCUGCAGGAGAAAGGGGAGAUACAAAUGCUGUACGACAAGUGGUGGAAAAGUCCCGGAGACACGUGCACCAGGACCGAGAAAGGCAAAGAGAGCAAAGCCAACGCCCUGGGAGUCGAUAAUAUAGGCGGGGUCUUCGUGGUCCUGCUGUGCGGUCUGGCCUUCGCGGUGCUCAUUGCCAUCUUCGAGUUCUGCUACAAUUCCAAGAGAAGCGCACCUGCCGAACGCCAACGCGCUACGGCACCACCUACGUGUUCCGGAUCCCUGCAGGGCAUUCCUCAGGUGUCGCAGCAGCACCAGCAACACCACCAGGAGUCGCUUUGCUCGGAGAUGGCCCGUGAGUUGUGUCUGGCCUUGAGAUGUCACGCCUCGUCCCGUAGGAGACGAGCUUGCGAGAAAUGCUCGACCCACGCCGUGGGAUAUCCUCAGGAAAACCCUACAGCGACUCCCAUCAACGGGAUGAGAUCCCAGAGGAGCAGCUUGGGAGCUUCGAUGGAGUUACCACCUCACAUUCACAUGCAUCCACCUCCGCACGAUUACGAGGGAAACUGAGGAUGGAUCAGCGAUUUCUCUUGGAAAUGACGGGACAGUUUCGGAUCAAGAAUCAAAACGAGAAAGAAGCUCCGGUAAAGAGAAUUUAAAAUAGUACGGACGAUCGGAGUCGAUUCCAUUCCGAGCAAUGUGCUGCUCCGUUAAAGACGUUCUGCAAAACUUUAUAGAAAAUUAACAAAAAACCAUUCUGAUGUGCGUCCACGUCCUCGUAAGUUCAGUUUUCACUGUGAAUUCGUUUUGAAAGCCGGAAACCUACGGACGUCGACGUUCAGAAUCUUUUGCCCGUUUCCCAUUGAUUUCUCCAGAAAGUUUUAAGGAAAAGUAAAGAGGUGCCAAAUUGUAUUUUCUAAGUCAUUCCCGAAGUAAGCCUGGGUCCACCGAUCGACAGCGAUGACUGUUCUUAGUUACUUCAAAAUUGCAUUCCGCGUUUUUAAUCGUCGAUUGGCCCGUGGAUCCUUUCUUGCUCUCUUAAACCGAGGUCUCUGUUAAAAACUUGCAACAUUCGUUUGGAAACCUUGUGAAGGUUUUUCGGACAUGAAAGAAACUCGAGAGAUGACUUCUAACGAAUGAAUUCUAGGGCGCGCAGACUUCCCUCCCGAAUUCCGGCGCUCCAGAAUUUAGUUUCACGAGCCUAUACAUUGGCCCAUCCCUGCCGAAAAGUUCAUUGUACAUAAAGACCGUCUAGUUUAGAAAGGCAGGCUUGGACCACGUGUCAAUGGCAUAAAGUAUCAUUUAAAAAAGGAAGGAAACUAUGCUAGAAUCGAGUACAAUUUCGAUAUCGAUGUCACUCCCAUCUGUAUAUCAGCCAGUUAAAAUAAACUUCAGUUAAAAAAGAGCAGCGGCAACGUUUCUUGAUUCCGCGAUUGGCAUGAUUCUCCCCGGUGCGCAAUUCUGUUCAUAUUCCUUUCUUUUGACAUCGGUAAACUGUCCCUGGCCCUAGCUCUAAACGAG